UAAAUCUUAGACAAACUGAAUGUGCAAACACAUUAUCAGAGGGAGAUUUUUUUGCCUUUGAUUUAAAUCAAUGUUUUUUUUGGCAGCAGUGCAGGAGGGCAGGACAUUUUUAGUUCUGGCAGUUAAUGCAUAACUUGUUGGGACACACAGUGUCACACAGUGUUAUGACAGUCACAGUAUUCAGUUUAACCAGUUCGAAAAGCACAGAAACAUGGCUGUACGGCUCUAUGAGGGUAAAGAGCAUGCAGCUGCUUACUUGCGGUACAGAGUGGCACCCCAAGAAUUAAUCAGCAAGAUUAUGAGCUACGUGGAGAAAAAGACAUCAAAACAAUUCAACCUUGCAGUGGAUGUGGGCUGUGGUUCGGGGCAAGGGACCGUGCUAUUGGCUCCUUACUUCACCAAGGUGGUUGGAACAGACAUUAGCGGCGCCCAGCUGGAGAUGGCACUGGCUAAUAGCAAUCCACCGAAUGUCUCAUACAGGCAAUGUCCAGCAGAGGAGCUACCGUUUGCUUCUGGUGAGGUGGACCUUGUGACAGCCAUGACGGCGGCCCACUGGUUCGACCGCCAACGGUUCCUGCAGGAGGCUGACAGGGUGCUGAGGCCUGGAGGCUGCCUGGCCCUCCUGAGCUACACCAUGGACAUGGAGCUGGAGUACAGGGAUGUCUCCAACAAGCUAAAUGACAUCUGUAAAGAGUUUUAUGCUGCCCUCCUUCCUUUCCGAGAUCCUUAUCUGGCAUCAAGCUCUGGGAAGAUCUACUCAGACAUGUUUGACUCCUGCUCGUACCCGGGCAAAGAGUGGAAUGACUGUCUGCGGAUUAGCAGAACCCUGCCACUGAAUGGAUACAUUGGCAUGGUGGAGACCUUCACCAGCUACCAGAAACUAAAACAAAAGGACCCUGUUGAGGCUGAACGUCUCUCUAACGACAUCAGGAACAAGUUGCUGUCUGCCAUGCAGGUGUCUUCUCCCGACACAGAAGUCUCAGUGGUUAUGAAGUAUUUCUACUGGCUGGCAUGCAAACCUUGAUCAUUCUGACUGGCUGCAUCUUGGACGCCACUGUUUACCAGUCUCUUGGGGCUUGAUAAAACAAACCAAUGUCUACUUGCAACCCCUUGUGUCCAGUUGUACGGCUGCCAGUUGUGACACAUGUUUUUCAGACCUAAAAAGGUAAAAUGAUUCAAUAAGAACCUGCUUAAACUUGCUAAAUUAACUGCUAAAUGAACACUAGAUGAAGCCCUGUCAUUCAGUGAUGGAUAAGAGUCCAACUGAAGUGCAACUUGAGCCUCAUGUGUCAAAAGUUAUUUUCAUUUUUGAUUUUGAUGGAAUCAUUAAAGGCAAAUUUGGAGUAUUUGAACAUAA